AUGAGUCAGCGUCUACAGGAUGGCACUGUGUUUGGAUUUUGUGGGUUAACGAAAAAUAAGGAUUCUAGCCAGGGUUGGUCCCUGUUCUGUGACCAGGAGCAAAGUCACCCAUGCAAGUAUCUUCAUCUGCAAACCCGGAAGAAGCUCAGAUCAUUGCUAGGAAGAACCUUGGAUACAACGAACUCAAUGUAUUUGAUGAUGGCUCGAGUCUUAAGAAUAAGGAUUCCUAAUCGAAUGAAAAUGCUUGCCUAUCUUGGUGUCAGUAGGCAUAGAAUGAUGUCAACCCAUAAAACCAAUAAGAAAAUCAGAGAGUAUUAUAGUCUCUUGAAUCUUAGUGAAGAAUGCUCUGCUGAUGAUGUCAGAGAAUCUUUUCGUAAACUUGCCAAGCAAUACCAUCCAGACAGUGGCUCAACUACAGCUGAUGCUGCCACUUUUAUAAGGAUUGAAGAGGCUUAUAGGAAUGUGCUUUCCCAUGUGAUAGAACGAACAAAUGCCAGACAGAAUAAAACUGAGGACUCAGAAGAAGACGACAAAUUCAAAUAUAAAACACCCCAACACCGGCAUUAUCUAAGUUUUGAAGGUGUUGGUUUGGGUACUCCAAGCCAACGAGAGAGGCAAUAUAGGCAAUUUAGGGCAGACCGUGCCACUGAACAAGUGAUGGAAUAUCAAAGACAUAAACUUUAUAGCCAAUAUUUUGCUGAUAGUUUAAUUGUCAAAGAUGUCAGAGAGAGUAAAAAACAAAAGAUCACACAAGUGAUGGAGCGUUUAGUGGAGGAUCUCAUUCAAGAAUCAAUGGCAAAAGGAGACUUUGACAAUCUCAGUGGGAAAGGCAAACCUCUAAAAAAAUUUUCUGGCUGUUCGUAUAUUGAUCCCAUGACACACAACCUGAACAGAAUACUGAUAGAUAAUGGCUAUCAACCGGAAUGGAUCCUCAUGCAAAAGGAAAUAAGAGAUACUAUUGAGCAACUCAGAGAAGCAAUCCUAGUGUCGAGGAAAAAACUUGGGAAUCCAAUGACAGCAACUGAGCAGAAACAGUGGAACCAAGUCUGUGAGCAAUUUCAAGAAGACAUCAGGAAACUAAACAAACGUAUCGAUGAUUUUAAUUUAAUUGUCCCCCUCCUGACCAGACAGAAAGUCCAUUUUAAUGCACAGAAGGAAAUUAUCAAGGCCCAGAAAAUAUAUGAGACUGUUACAGAAACAAAAGAAUUUGCAGCAUUUAUGCUUCUGAGGUUAUUAAAGCUUAAACUGUUGUCUUUUGGGGAUACUCUCUAUGUGGGGAGGAAUUUUAGGAUAUUUGUCUUUGGGAGUUUUAUGGUUCUCAUCUUUCCUGAAUGA